AUGGAAAGGGCUCGGAAAAUAUAUAAACUUUUCACUACUAUUGUUAACGGUGAUGAGAAAUUGGCGAAACAAAAAAUAGCAUUAAUUAGAUCAUUUUCGUUGCGAUCUAUUACAAACUUAAGCCAAGGUGACAUAGAUUUUGUGAUUGUAAAAUGUUUGAGAGGGAAUAAAGAUGCAAA